AUGAAGUUCUACUGCAGGGCCCAGGGCACUGGGCUGUUAGACACGGCGCCCGAAGGAAGGCCUGGUGAGGUAGCAGAAGUGCACCAUCGUCAACAGUUUUGUCACUGGCCCUGUCAGUGCGCUCGCCAGAAGCCCAGCUGCCCUCCUGGAGUGAGCCUGGUGAGGGAUGGCUGUGGAUGCUGUAAAAUCUGUGCCAGGCAACCAGGGGACACCUGCAACGAAGCUGACCUCUGCGACCCCCACAAAGGGCUGUACUGUGACUACUCAGCAGACGGGCCUACGUACGAGACUGGAGUGUGUGCAUACCUUGUAGCUGUGGGAUGUGAGUUCAACAGGGUACAUUAUCAUAAUGGCCAAGUGUUUCAGCCCAAUCCCCUGUUUAGCUGCCUCUGUGUGAGUGGGGCCAUUGGAUGCACACCUCUGUUCAUACCAAAGCCGGCUGACAGGCACUGCUCUAGGGCUAAAGGUGGAAAGAAGACUGAUCAGUCAAAAUGUGGCCUGGGGUCAUCACAACAGCAGCUGUCAACAAGCUACAAAACAAUGCCAGAUGCAUGCCAAGCUUUUAACCUGCUUCCUGCGCUGAGGUCUUUAAACUGUUGUCUACCUUCCAGCUUAUAGGAAUCUCCCACUUAUUUGGAAAAGAAAAUGUCUUGUGCAAGCAACGAAGUGGACCCCUUG